GCUGCUGUCCAGGUGCCUCCAGGACCUUCCUUUCCGCGGGAAAAUGGACGUGAUGGACAGUUGUCAAUUCUCACCAUCUGAGUACUUCUAUGAUGGCUCCUGCAUCCCGUCCCCUGAGGGUGAUUUCGGGGAUGAGUUCGAGCCACGAGUGGCUACAUUUGGGGCGCACAAAACAGAAUUGCAAGGCUCAGACGAGGACGAGCACGUGCGAGCACCAACAGGCCAUCACCAGGCCGGCCACUGCCUCAUGUGGGCAUGCAAGGCUUGCAAGAGGAAGUCCACCACCAUGGACCGGAGGAAGGCAGCCACCAUGAGGGAACGAAGGCGCCUGAAGAAGGUUAACCAGGCGUUUGAGACGCUCAAGAGGUGCACCACGACCAACCCCAACCAGAGGUUGCCCAAGGUGGAGAUCCUUAGGAAUGCUAUCCGCUACAUCGAGAGCCUGCAGGAGCUGCUGAGGGAGCAGGUGGAGAACUACUAUAGACUCCCGGGACAGAGCUGCUCUGAGCCCACCAGCCCCACCUCCAACUGCUCGGAUGGCAUGCCUGAAUGCAACAGCCCUGUCUGGUCCAGAAAGAGCAGCAGUUUUGACAGUGUCUACUCUCCUGAUGUACCAAAUGUAUAUGCCACAGAUAAAAGCUCCUUAUCUAGCUUGGAUUGCCUAUCCAGCAUAGUGGAUCGGAUCACCUCCUCAGAGCAACCUGGGUUGCCUUUCCAGGACCCUGCCUCUCUCUCCCCAGUGGCCAGCAUCGACUCACAGCCUGCAACUCCAGGGGCCUCUAGUUCCAGGCUCAUCUAUCAUGUGCUAUGAACUAAAAAUCUAGUCUAGAUAAAUUCUGCAUGGAGGGCUUGUUACACA